CUUGCGACGUGCAGAGAGAGGCUGGAACCCGUGAACUUCGUUUUCCCUGGAAGUCGUGUGGUUGGUUUGUCUGACUUUCCCCCCUCUUCUCAUCCGGCCUGCCUCAGAUGAGGGCCUGGCUGGGGGUGUGUGUUUGCUCUAGAGGACUAUAUAAGCGGACUGGAGUGAAGGGAAGCCAGGGGCCGGCGAGAGCGGUGCUGGCAGCAACAGGAGAGGAGACCUGGGCGGAGAAGGCAGAAGACUCCUGCGUGGGACAGCAUGGCUGAAGAUCUGGAGCUGCAGUCCUGCGACCUGCGAUGCGAGCGCAACCACCGGGACCACCGGACCUCGGAAAUGGGCUGCCAGCAGCUGGUGGUGCGGCGGGGGCAGCCCUUCUCCCUCACACUGCACUUCGCGGGGAGGAGCUACGAGGAAGGGCGGGACAAGCUGGCCUUCGACGUCGAGACAGGGCCUUGCCCCAGUGAGGUGUCUGGCACCAAGACCCAUUUCCCUGUCUCCGGCUCCUUGGAAGAAGCGGCCUGGAGCUCAGCAGUGGAGAGCCAGGAUGGAGCCUCCCUGACCGUGGCCAUCUGCUCCCCUCCGGACGCCCGGAUUGGCCGCUACAGCCUCACCAUGGAGGCCUCCACGGGCUACCAAGGAUCCAGCUUCAGGCUUGGGGAGUUCGUCUUGCUCUUCAACCCUUGGUGUCCAGUGGAUUCCGUCUUUCUCGAAAGCGAAGAGGAGCGGACUGAAUACGUGCUGACUCAGCACGGCCACGUCUUCCAGGGGUCGAGCAGCUUCAUCUAUUCCAUCCCCUGGAAUUUUGGGCAGUUUGAGGAUGAAAUCCUGGACAUUUGCCUCCAGCUGCUGGACACCAACCCCAAGUUCUUCCAGAACCAAGACCGGGACUGCUCCCGUCGCAACAGCCCCAUCUACAUCAGCCGGGUGGUGAGCGCCAUGGUGAAUUGCAACGACGACCAAGGAAUCCUGUUUGGGCGCUGGAAGCAGCCCUACGACGACGGAAUCAGCCCCAUGGUCUGGAGUGGGAGCGUGGACAUCCUACAGCGGUGGCGGAAGUACGGCUGCCAGCCGGUCCGAUACGGGCAGUGCUGGGUCUUUGCCGCCGUGGCCUGCACAGUGCUCCGGUGCCUGGGAAUCCCCACCCGUGUGAUCACCAACUACAACUCUGCCCACGAUACCAACAGCAACCUGAAGAUUGAGCAGUACUUAGACGAGAAUGGGAAAGUGCAAGCGGGGACCCGGGAGUACAUUUGGAAUUUCCACUGCUGGGUGGAAAGUUGGAUGGCUCGUCCAGACCUUCCAGGCUAUGACGGUUGGCAGGUUUUGGACCCAACUCCUCAAGAGAAAAGUGAAGGAGUUUACUGCUGCGGCCCGACUCCCGUCAAGGCCAUCAAGGAAGGGGAACUGAAACUGAAGUAUGAUGUCCCCUUCGUCUUUGCUGAGGUCAACGCGGACGUGGUUUACUGGAUGCUCCAGAGCGACAGUUCCCGGAAGAAGACCGUCGACUCCACGAGCGUGGGAAGGAACAUCAGCACCAAGAGCGUGGGCAGAGAUACCAGGGAGGACAUCACCCACAACUACAAGUACCAGGAAGGCUCCGAGGAAGAAAGGGCCGUCCUGGAGAAGGUGAACCUCCGGAAGACCUACCCGGCGGAGGCGGAGGAGGGCCUGAAAGUCAAGAUCAAGGUCUCCGAGGGCAUGAACAACGGGUGCGACUUCGACAUCUUUGCCGUCCUCAGCAACAACACGGCCAGCGAGCGGACCUGCCGGCUGAUGUUCGGUGCCCGGGCAGCAGGCUACAACGGGGCGUUGGGACCCGAAUGCGGGAGCAAGGACCUGCUGAAUGUUGCCUUGCAGCCGUAUGCAGAUAAGACCGUCCCCUUGCGCAUCCUUUAUGAGAAGUACGGUGGGUGCUUAACGCAAGACAACAUGAUCAAGGCGAUGGCCCUCCUCCAGGACUACGAGACCAAAGAGAUUGUGCUUGGCGUCCGGAACAUCUACGUUAAAAACCCAGACAUCAAAAUCAGGGUCUUAGGAGAGCCAGUUCAGAACCGCAAACUGGUGGCUGAGCUGACGCUGAUCAACCCCCUGCCUGGCCCGCUGAGUGGCUGUGUCUUCACCAUGGAGGGCGCUGGUCUCACCAAAGGACAGAAGGUCCAGGAGCUCGACAGCCCCGUCGGGCCAGGAGAGGAGGCGAAAGUGCGGGUGGACUUCGUGCCUCAGCAGUCCGGCCUGAGGAAGCUGGUGGUGGACUUCGAGAGCGACAAGCUGACGGGCGUGAAGGGCUACCGGAAUGUCAUCAUCGCCCCCCUGUCCAAGUGAAGCCCGCCCUGGAGGGGAGGAGGCUGCUUGUCUAGCAAUACUUGACGAGGGAGGGCUGCAGCAGCCGAGGAGACCCAAGGACACCUGCUUUGACCCUCCGUGGCCAGCGAUUGGCCAGCACGCACCUCUUUCUCCUCCCGUCGUAUGCGCAAAAAAAGAGGAAGGGGUGGUGGCCCAACGGGGGAGCCACUCCUAGGCCCCCCUGCACCAUCCUCCCCUAGCACCCCUGCAGAAAGAAGAUCCACACCACCCCCCGCUUGCUUUCUUGGGUCAGCCCAGUCCUCGUCCCCCACCGGAGUCUUCGGCUGCUCAAGCCAGCUGGAGAUAGGAGAGUCACCAGCCACCCAGCCACCUCCCCCUCAGUAUCCACAUGGCAGACCUGACCACAUCUAAGUGUUCUUCGCGACAUGGUAACUGGCAAGAUAGCAGAGCCCCGUCACAAGAUCGUCUCAUAGUCCAGGCUACAUAAGCAGUAAUACGAAUGGAUAAUUAUCAUAUGGUAUUGUUUGUGUAUAAUAGCCAGGAGAACCUAAGAUGGUUGUUGAAGGCUUUCACGGCCGGAGUUCAUUAGCUGUUGCGGGUUUUCCA